AACCCUUAGCAUUUUAACAUUUUAUUUCCACCCUUUUAGGGUUUAUGGGCGCGCUACUACACAAGUUCUUUCUGGAUCGUGGUCGCGCGAUCGCUCCGGAUGAAAAUGCCAGCGAUGGUGUGGAUUCGGUGCUUCUCACGGGGCCAUCUUGCUCAGGAAAAACGACGCUGCUCUUCCACUUCGCGAUCAAUCUCGUCUCCGAGCAGGGAUUGUCCAACGUUGUGAUCAUUUGCAAGCGCAGUAGCAUGGAGAAUGAUCCUCCAUCUUUACCAGAGGACUUGGACACCCAGCACUUGCGGAGGAUUUCGUUCAAGUACGUGAGCGACGACGAAGAUCUGGACAAGUACUUUGCCGCGUUCCAUCUCGCAAAUCCAUUGCCGCAAGCAGUGAUCAUCGACAGCUUCUCGGAGUUCUUCGAGGACUGGAUUUACGAAGACGAUGGAGGCGAUGGACAGCCUCUGGAAGUUGCCAUGGUCGACUCCCUCGCACUUUGCCUGAACGCAAUGGAACACGCAAGCAAAGAAUCUCCAUCGGAGCAGGCUUGCAAGCUUGUGAUCUCGGAUUUAUCAGACGAAGCUGCGAGCUACAUGUACAUCUACAAGAAAUACCUCUCUCGAGUCUUUGUCAUCAAAAGUAAGCUCAAGCUUCCUUGUUCUACGAUCUUCCGUUCGCCAAAUUGCAGGGGUAGACUCCUCAAAGUUUUUCUUGUCCGAGGAGUGCAAAGAAAAUGCUGGCUACGCUCGCUACACAUUUAACGGCGGACCAGUUCAACUUGAUGAACUAGUCGUUUGAUCCAAAAGUCCAAAAUCUUAGAAAUCGAAGUGGACUUUUGGAAAUAAGCUUUACACAAACUUUAAUUUUUUUAAUUAAAAGAAAAGCGUUAAAGA